GGAGGAGUUUAUCUCCUUUCUUUCCCCCCCUAGUCGACAAUCUGUAUCUGUAGGAGCUGAGAAUAUAACAACUUAAUUGCUUCUCUGUCCCCCCCCUCAGGCUCUAUUUUCUUUUUGUGUUUUAUAUUCAGUUUCCUGUGCCGUCUGCCACACCUGCCUGCCAAGCUGCAGCUCCGAUGGGCGCGGCUGGGACCGGAGCCCAAAUCUGUGUUUUGACUCGCCUGGGAAAGUUGAGCGAAAAGGCACAAAAGAAGCGAAGGGAGUUUGGGGGAACAUCCCCGCACGCUCUGCGCGUCAGCUCCACACUGACGCAUUGUUCUUCCACAGGAUAAGUCGCUGCGUCCUGAGAGGAACCCGACUGCUACAAGGAGAGUGCUUGAAGAUAAGAUGGGAUGGACGAGUUAACAAGGCAGAUGGAGAUCUCGGGAGAAAAGGUUCUGACAGAGACCGUAACCUCCACCACCCGACUGACUUCUCUCCCACCAAAGGGAACCAGCGGAUCAAAUCACAGGAAUAUGUCCAGCAGUGCCGGAGGGCUGGGUUUUGAGAAGAAUGUCUUAACGCAGAACAGCGGUGGGACCUACUUCUCUUCAUCCUCUAUAGGCGUGACGAGUAACUACAGCUCCUCCUCAGGAAUCUACCUGGGAGGAGAUUCCUCUGGAGGAGGUGAAGGUGGCGGAAGCUACAUCGAUGGAGAGGGCUACGGGAGUGGAGGAGGAGGAAGAGGAGGAAGCAGUGGAAGCACUUAUCUCGUGAGCUCCGUGUCAAAGGUUCGGUCCAGCUCGUCCGGUGGUGCCAGGAGAGCUCAGACUGGGGGGUCAUCAGUGGGGCUGUCGCCAGGUUUCAGAGAGAGGAAGGCCAUAGCCAGCCGCUCGGGAGGCUACGACGGGAGUUCCAGUGGUAAUUCCUCCCCAGAAUUUCCACGCAAAGACUAUGGGAACUACUGCUCUGGUGCCACAAGAGGGAGGAGUGAAAGCAGAGAGAGCGAGAUCAGAGCCAGAUUGCAAAGUGCCUCCCCAUCUGCCGGAAGAUGGGCAGAGCUGGAAGACGUGAAGAAGCUGCUGAAGGGACGCUCCAGCAGCGUCAGUCCAACCCGCUCCUCCGCCUCAGUCACCCUGCCAGUACCUAAAAAAGCCAGCGUGGAGACCAAGACCGUCUCAGUGGGCACUCAGUCAGCAGCUUCAACUCUAUUUGAACCUGUUGUUCAGACGAAUGGGUUCCACACUAUCGACGUGUCGGGCCUCUAUGACAGCAGACUGACAUCCAGGCAGCGCGACUCUGGUGUCCAAACAGGCCAACACACUGUCACAGUAAAGUCAUGCCACUGUGACGCCGGAGUCAAAUCCAGCCAGUAUGACGUUAGCCUGGGCUCAGGUCAGUACGAUACCGGUCUGAGAUCUGGACGAUAUGACAUGAGUCUGAAAUCAGGCCAGUAUGACACCACUGGGAGAUCAGGCCAAUACGACACCCUGGAUUCGGCCUUUCCCACUUUCUCCUGGUCCACCUCCACGCUGCCCUCCUCCACGACCGUCGUCGCUGGCAACCCCACCAGCUACACCUAUCAGCUUGGUCAGGUCAGCGCCAACAACAUGUCAGGAGGCUCCCCGCCGCUCAGUCCCGUCCCACAGCAAUCUCUAUCAGUUUAUGGUUUUCAGAAUAAUCUGGCUCCCGCCUCUGUCGGUGUGCUCACCACCAGCGGCGGCAACGUAACCGCUAACCUGGGAGGGUAUGGCGUCCAGAAGAACGUUGCAAACGGCAGUGCUGUCAUAAGCUCAGGGAUCUCUACAGCCACUAGGUCCCAAACCGAUGAUGUCUAUAAGAGAGACUACAGAUAUAUGGCCUCUGACAAGGAGAACGUUCCUGCCAGGAGGGAGGGAGAAAUGCUCAUUCUGGCAAAAGACAGUGGCAAGCAGUUUACCACCACCAGCAGCACUCAUAUAGGAGGAGGUUCACUUUCAGGAGACUCAAUAAAGAAGGAGAAGCUUAUUUCCAGCUACGUUGACACGGGCACUCUGAAAGCAGAGACAGGCAAUUCAUACUACGGAACAUCCGGAGUCCUGAUGAAAGAUAAGGCAACCUAUGCAGAGAUUCACAGAGACGGCGGCGUCUUUGGGGGAGGAGGACUGUGCUGCUGCUCCGACUCCUGCUGCUCCUGGUGGAAGUGGCUGCUGGGCUUGCUGCUCCUCUGCCUGCUCCUGCUCGGGCUCCUGUUUGGCCUCAUUGCACUGGCCGAGGACGUGAGGAAGCUCAAGAAGCAAGUAUCGACUCUGGAGAACGAGGUCUCAGUCGCCAAUGCUCGCACUAGUCGGCUCUCCGCCGGUUCUUCCAAUGACGUCAACACCUAUGUGAGCGGCGGAGGCGGAGGGGGAGGGGGAGGCACAGGCACCGACAACACACUCAUCCUCGGGUUCGGAGGUGCAGGUGGAGGUGGCUCAGACUCCAAAACGCAAAUCAGAAUUGCUGGUGCUGGUGCUGGUGCAGGCGGAUCUGCCAGUCGGAAUGAUGUUGAUGUCGGCGUUGUGGGUGUCGGUGGUGCUGGAGGGGCUGUGGGAGCUGGAACUAGCUCCAGUAGCAGCUCUGGUACCAGUUUCAGUGGGAGCGCCGGCAGUGCUGGUACCAGCUUGAGCGGCGGUGCUGGGAGUGCUGGUACUGACGGUGUCAGUGCAGGCGGUGCCAGUUUUGGCGGCGGCACCGGCAGCUCCGGUAGCUCCGGUACCAGUUUCGUCAUUGGCACCGGCGGUGGGACCAGCGGUGAUGUCGGGACUGGAGUGCGUGGAAGAUACAUAGAUAGCGCCUACCUUCAGAUGACCAUCCAUCAAAUGUUGAAGUCAGAAAUGCAGUCACAGGCAUUCAGAGGCUUCCUGGCAUCCUCAGUGCAGGGAGAGAGGGGAUUACCUGGGCCUAAAGGGGACUCUGGACUGAAAGGGGAACCUGGUUUCCCUGGAAAUCCAGGCGCACCAGGUCCAAUGGGACAUGCUGGUCCUGAAGGUCCCAAAGGACAGAAAGGAAGCCAAGGUGAGCAUGGAGUGGAAGGGCCUCCAGGUGUCAGGGGCCGCGAAGGACUACCUGGGCCUAGAGGCGACCUAGGACCUGCAGGCUUUGGACUCAAAGGCGAUAAAGGUGAAGCUGGAUCUGUUGGAUCUGCUGGGGCCCCUGGACAAAAAGGUGCACAAGGAAUCCAAGGGCCGCCUGGUCCUCAGGGUUUCCGUGGUGAGGCAGGACUACCUGGACCAAAAGGUGAUAGAGGGCUUGCUGGAUUCCAAGGACUCAAAGGUGAAACAGGUGAAAAGGGAAUCAGAGGUCUGCAAGGGGAACCUGGUUUACCAGGACCAGCAGGAGAGAAAGGCUCCAAAGGAUCUAUGGGACUUUCUGGACAAGACGGUGAAAAGGGAUCAAGAGGUGACCAGGGACCGCAUGGCCCGCCUGGACUCAGGGGUUCUGCUGGGCCUCCUGGAGAUGCUGGACUUCCAGGAACACCAGGGCUUCAAGGACCACCAGGAAUUCCAGGAAAUCCCGGCCAACCAGGAGCCAAAGGUGAACCCGGUCAAGCUGGACGAAUCAUCAAUGCAGCCGGCUCUACUUCUGUUGGCAUCCCAGGACCACCUGGACCUGCUGGGCCCCCGGGUCCCGCUGGUCCUCCAGGACUAUCAGGUCCCAUUGGCCCUGCUGGUCUGCCUGGCCCACCUGGUCCUAAAGGUGACAGAGGAUAUAAGGGAGAGCAGGGAGAGACUGGAAUAACCAGGGGAACCAUAAGUUCAUCUACAGCAGAGAGGCAGUUCGGCGCUGGAGGAAGCUCCUCUUUCCGUGGCAUACCUGGGCCACCGGGUCCACCUGGGUCUCCCGGACGUCCAGGCGACUCGAGACAAGGACCUCCAGGACCACCAGGGCCUCCAGGGCAGCCAGGUUAUGGGAUACCAGGACCUAAGGGAGAAAAGGGAGAUGUGGGUUUUGCGUCCAGCUCAGGAACAUAUUAUACUGGACCACCAGGACCUCCUGGGCAGCCUGGGCAGCCUGGACCUAAAGGAGCAACAGGCUCUCCUGGACCCCGUGGAUACACAGGAGACACUGGAGCUCCAGGAAUUCCAGGCGCAUCAAGAGGUUCAGUCUCAGUCACCUCUGGCCCUGCUGGGCCCCCAGGGCCCCCAGGGCCUCCCGGCCUGCCUGGUUCCUUUGCUUCCUCCACUGAGAUGCGGCAGUACAUUUCAGACUAUCUGAGUAGAUACAGACUGAGCAGUCUACCUGGCCCUCCAGGUCCACCUGGGCCUCCAGGACUCCCAGGGACCUUCUCAGGGUCUAUAGACGACAUCUCUACUCGCAUCAUUGCAUACCUGCGACGUUCAGACUCAGGCUUCAGUAUCGGCGUUCAGGGACCUCCAGGACCGCCCGGUCCUCCUGGGCCCGCCUCUGGCUCCCUGACUGUCAACGCCCUCAUCACCAUGCUUCAGAGAGAUGACGUGAGAAGAUAUUUGUCUGGACCACCUGGGCCUCAAGGACCUCCCGGACCCCCAGGGGCCUCAGGAGGACUCUCCGGCACUUACAGAGUAGAGGAGAUAGCCACAUAUGUCUUCAAUAUCAUGAACGAGAGGGGGAUUGCGAGAGGCCCGCCAGGUCCACGAGGUCUGCCGGGCCCCCCCGGAGCUCCAGGCGCAGGAGGCUCUGGCUUCACCACCGCUACCAUCGACUACUCGGCUCUGAUCCGAAAUUCAGAUUUCCGCUCCUGGAUCACUUCCGCUGUGCAGCAAGGUCCUCCUGGUGCCCCAGGGCUGCCUGGGCCUCCUGGUCCUCAGGGGCCCCCAGGGGUCUCCACGGCGACGGUGUACGGAUCGGGAGGUCGUGGCUACAGCUUGGAGGAAAUUCAGCGCUACCUGCAGGGUUCUGGAUUCAGAGGUCUCCCUGGACCCCCGGGCCCUCCAGGUCCCCAGGGCCCACCGGGCACUGUCACCGGAUCAGUGUCCUACAGUGGAAAUCUCCCUCGGGAGAGCAUCCGCGCUGAAAUUCAACAGUAUCUGUCUAGCGACAGCGUUCGACGUACCAUUGUCGGGCCGCCAGGUCCUCAAGGUCCAAAGGGUCAGAAGGGAGAACGCGGAGAGCCUGGCUACUCCCAGAGCUACAUACAGAGCCACAGCUACCAACAGAGCGACGGUAGCUAUGGCUCCCAGCGCAGAGACGUCGAUGCCAGCAGGCUCUCCGAGACGCUCGACUACUCCAACGUCGCCAUGAAAGUUACAGACUACAUUAAGAAUCAAGGCCUGCUGCAGCAGUACAUCUCCGACGGUUCAUGGAGGACAAACGUCCGAGCAAUUCAAGGACCCCCAGGUCCUCCGGGCCCUCCAGGACCGCCGGGCUACAGCCGUGUGAUUGGCUCCUAUGGCAACGUCACGGCUGACCUGAUGGACUUCUUCAGGAGAUACGGCACCGUUCCCGGCGCGCCAGGAAGCCCAGGUCCAAAGGGAGAGAGAGGGCACCCAGGACCCAAAGGAGACAAGGGUGAUCCAGGACCUCCAGGUUUACCUGGAAUCCCAGCGCCCCUCACCGUCCAGAUUCCACACAAAGUGCAAAAGAGAGAAGCAGGCGAUAAAGGGGCGGUUCGUCAAAAGCGUCGUCGACGUCAAGCCGGCUUCGGCUGAAGGCCGUCCUGCUGGCCGACGCAAUAUUCCACAUCAGCUUUAAUUGUUUUUUUUUCUUUUUAAGAUUUUAGUUGUUAAACUGUACAAAUAUGCUCUUUACUGUUUCUUUCCAAGACAGGUUGGUUUGGGAAAAUAAAAAAAAAAGCAUUCAUCUCUUUAAAAAUGCUUCUUGUAGAGGUGCUGGCCUGUGGUUUUUAGAAGGCUCAGACUUCACUGUUCAACUUGUGGGUGUGUAAUGUUUACUUUGCUAAGUUAGAAGCUUACGUUCCCUUAGCCUGGGGGCAGCUUUUGCCAAGCAAUAAGCGGCGGUUGCUUUUUAUUUCAAAUGCAAGCAUCUGCUCUUUUUACUUUUUAUACUUGCUGACAUUUGAGGAUUAUAUGUAUCGAGGACUAUAGAAGCGUUGAAAAGCAUUUAUUUCGCAUUGGCCCCAUAAAAAUAUUUUAAACCAUUCAGCCUCUAACAAAAACACAAGCUAGACUCGGCCUAAAAGUGAGGGUCAUUUUACGAAGGUUUGAGAUUUACUUGAAAGGUUUUUUUGGUAUAAAGAAGAGAAAUAUGUUUGUAUUAUUAUAGAGAUGGACUCGGAAAGACACGAAUGAUUUAAUUGUAUAUUUUUGUGUAAGAGCACUGAAUUUGAUAUUUUCUAUAUGCCUUAAGUGUUGGAGAGAGUAAAUUAUAAACAUGGAUGAUGAACCUUUUGGAUUAAAGUACCAGACCAAAAAAAAAAUUAUAAUAAAUCUAUUUUUGGA